UUUCCGCAUUCUGCAAAUAGCUGUCAGUCGAAGCUCAACAUGCAAAAGGGGAACUGUCGCCUCAGGAACCUCCUCGGUGUCAAUAUUCGAGGGAAGAGACGUGCGAAUCUACGGAGGAGACAUGCCUUACAUACUGAUCAGCACGCAGAUCCGACUGGAGAACGGCCCAACCAAUGUGGGAGAUGAGCAUUCUGAUCCAGCUGUCAUGAAUUACUUGGGAGCAAGGAAAACAACCAUGCUGGGAAAUCAUUUUUCAGAGUACCAAGUGGACGAGCCUCCUCGCCUGGUGUUGGACAAGCUGGAGAAGAUCGGCUACCGCAUGCUGACGAUGACGGGGGUGGGGCAGACGCUGGUGUGGUGCCUUCACAAGGAGAUAGAGUGACAAUAAGACAGGCAGACAUGGAAACAUGCUAAGGACCUUUAUUUUUUACUGCGGAAUUUUCAGUGCUGCCAAAUUAUCUAUCUAUCAUUCCAUCCAGCCAGCCUUGUAAGUGCGCGUGUCCCUAUUUCGGGUCGUGGAUGAGCUGGAGCGAGGCUGGAUUUUUUUUUUUUAUCAUUAAUCAAUAUGUGAUGACCAAAUGUACAUUUAGGGAGUGUCAGGUACUUUACUGUCUAUGGGUAUUGAAAUACAAACCUCCAAUGGAAACAUGUGAUGUGAUAUGAUGACCUAAGAGUGUCUGUUUAAUGAUAAUAUCCAACAUAACCCUGAUAUCUUCUCACGAUCAGAUGAGGAAAAGAUUAAGUGGCUGUUUGAUUUUGAUGUUAUUUCGAAAUGCAGAUUUUAUUUUUAAAGCUUGAAAAAGAAGACAAACAUUUUUAAAGCUUGAAAAAGAAGACAAGAAAGACAUGACUUUGUGGCACUUCGGUCCUGGUGCUUGACUAAUUGAUUUUGUUGUUGUUUUAAAAGCCCCUAUGGGCUGGGUGUACAUUUGUAUGCAUGACACAAUAAUAAUAUUUCAUUCAUUGAUAUGAAACACUGUGCUUGAUGUGUUUAAAUUGACAAUAAUCUUGGCAAUGCUUUGCACAAGUCUCAAAUGCUUAUGAUGAAAUGCCGGUACUUAUUACUAUUGGAAGUGGGCAAUAUGGGCUUAGUAUUAUAGAAAGAAAUACUGAGAUUUGUAUUCUGCUCAUUAAGCUAAAAUGAGAAUACAAAACAUUGCUAAUUUAAGAUGUGGUAAAAAAAAAAAGACCUAUUGUUACAGGCGGCACGGUGAACCACUGGUUAGAGCGUCUGCCUCACAGUUCUGAGGACUGGGGUUCAAUCCCCGGUCCCGCCAGUGUGGAGUUUGCAUGUUCUCCCCCGUGCCUGCGUGGGUUUUCUCCGGGCACUCCGGUUUCCUCCCACAUCCCAAAAACAUGCAUGGUAGGUUAAUUGACAACUCUAAAGUUGCCCGUAGGUGUGAAUGUGAGUGUGAAUGAUUGUUUGUUUGUAUGUGCCCUGCGAUUGGCUGGCAACCAGUUCAGGGUGUACCCCGCCUCCUGCCCGAUGAUAGCUGGGAUAGGCUCCAGCACGCCCGCGACCCUGGUGAGGAGAAGCGACAAAGAAAAUGGAUGGAUGUUGUUACAGAACUCGAGCCGGGUGUUAAAAAAAAAAGAGAAAAAGGAAAUGACAAUGACGUCAUUCAAAACAAGUUUUUGUUUUGUUUUUUCCUUCUGCGAUUUGCUUCAAUUCUCCUAAAUACCAAACAAGCUUUGAAACAGUAUUUUCCUAUGGCAUUAACUUGCACUAACAUCCAUAGAAAUAAUGAGAAAAUGUUUUUUGCAGAUCAUGUGCAAAUAUAAUUUUUAAAAAAUUAAACAAGUAAACAUCAAACGUCAA